AUGAAUUUUGAUUCUAGUUCUUCUACUUCUAGUGAUGAAAUAUACGAUUUCAUGUUGUUAGAUUUUAUUGAGGAAAAUCGACAACAACAAGUGAUAGAGGAUACAGUAAGAUAUGUUGUUAACACUGAUGUACAAGAACAAGAAGUUCAUGGUUCACGACGUGAAAAAAUGUUAAGGUGGAUCGUUCCAAGAGAUCGUGAAGGAGCAAAUGAUCGGUUAGUUACAGACUACUUUAGUGACCAUCCAUUAUACAGCGAUGAAAAGUUUCGACGUAGGUUUCGUAUGCGAAAACCUCUAUUCAUGAAGAUAGUUAAUACGUUGAGUGCAACUGAUAGAUUUUUUCAACAACAUCCAGAUGCCACAAUGCAACUGGGUGCUUCUGGAAUUCAAAAAUGCACUGCAGCAAUUAGAAUGUUAGCAUAUGGUUGCCCAACUGAUCAAAUUGAUGAGUAUCUAAAACUUGGGGCAAGUACGGCAAGAGAAUGUCUUAUACACUUUGUUGAUGGAGUGAUUCGUGAAUUCUCAACAGAAUACCUACGGAAGCCAAAAGCCGAAGAUCUUGUUUGUCUCCUUAAACAAGGGGAAGAAAGGGGUUUUCCUGGCAUGAUGGGGAGCAUCGAUUGCAUGCAUUGGGAGUGGAAAAAUUGUCCAGCUGGGUGGAAAGGAAUGUAUCAAGGAAGAUCUAAAAGGGCGACGGUGAUCUUAGAAGCUGUUGUUUCUUGGGAUUUACGGAUUUGGCAUGCCUUUUUUGGCACGCCAGGGACGUGCAAUGAUAUAAACGUUCUUCAACGUUCUCCCGUCUUUGACCAUAUUUUAAAUGGUCGAGCUCCACAAGUUAAUUUCACUGUGAAUGGAAAUACCUAUAACCAAGGAUAUUAUCUCACAGAUGGGAUUUAUCCAAAAUGGGCAACAUUUAUUUCCGAUAUUACCUCCCCACAAACCCCUAAACAGAAGUUGUUUACAAUCAAACAAGAGAGUAUUAGAAAAGAUGUUGAGCGUGCUUUUGGUGUGCUACAAGCUCGAUUUGCAAUAAUUACAUCCGGCUUUGGCAUGGAGUGUCGAAAUGCUAUGGACAAUCGUGAUGGCGUGUAUUAUCAUGCACAAUAUGAUUGUAAAAGAUGA